AUGGAGGACGCGCUGAGGCGGGAGCUGGGUACCGCGCUGCUCCGGCCGACGGGGCACUCGGGGGGCGGCUGCAUCAGCCAGGGCCAGAGCUACGACACGGACGGCGGUCGGGUGUACGUGAAGAGCAACUCCAAGGCGGAGGCCAGAAGAAUGUUUGAGGGAGAAAUGGCAAGUUUGGAAGCCAUCUUGAAAACGCAGACAAUAAAAGUGCCUAAACCCAUCAAAGUUAUAGACCUGCCUGGGGGCAGUACUCUCUUUGUGAUGGAACAUUUGGAAAUGAGAGGCUUAAACAGACAUUCAGCAAAGCUUGGAACACAACUGGCUGAUCUACACCUUCAUAACCAGCAACUUGGAGAGAAGCUGAAGAAAGAAGGGAGCACAGUUGGUAAAGGUCAAGGGCAAAUGGAAGUCCAGUUUGUGGAUCAAUUUGGCUUUCAUACAGUUACCUGCUGUGGCUAUCUUCCACAGGUGAAUGACUGGCAGAAUGACUGGGUGACUUUCUUUGCCAAGCAAAGAAUCCAGCCCCAGAUGGACAUGAUUGAAAAGAAUUCAGGAGACAGGGAAGCAAGAGAACUUUGGGCACAACUUCAGCUGAAGAUACCCAGUUUGUUCUGUGAUGUAGAAAUUGUUCCUGCUCUCCUGCAUGGAGAUCUCUGGGGAGGAAAUGUAGCUGAGGAUGAUUCUGGUCCAAUUAUCUUCGACCCGGCUUCUUUCUACGGCCAUUCAGAGUAUGAGCUUGCAAUAGCUGGGAUGUUUGGUGGCUUCAGCAGUUCUUUUUACUCUGCUUAUCACAGUAAAAUUCCCAAAGCUGCAGGGUUUGAGAAACGCCUAAAGCUUUAUCAGCUUUUUCACUACAUGAACCAUUGGAACCAUUUUGGUACAGGGUACAGAGGGUCUUCUCUAAACAUUAUGAGAAACCUUGUAAAGUGACUUUCCGCUUAAGCAGAAUACUUCUUAUGUUGCUUGGAAAACCCCAUACUUGGCAGUGCAACUACAGGAGUAGUAAUGUUAAAAAAAGCUACUAGACCCUUGACCUUGUUGCACAGCUAAAGACCUAGAAUCAGUGAGUCCUGCUGAAUACCAAGUGUAACGUAGUCAUCUCUUUUUAGAAUAGUUGGGAAUACCUUUAUGAGGGAAAUCUCUAAGAAAGGAGCUUACUCAGUUGCACAAAAGAUCUGUCGGUGUCAAGAAAGCAUGGUAUGCUUGAGACUAGGCAAGGUAAUACAAAUCAAUCACUCAAGUGUAAAUGAUUUGGAAGAAGUUCUCUCUAGGGGCCGGUAGUGCUUCAGAGUAGAGAAAUACUAGGGUUUGCAUUUGCACCCUAAUGGAAAACAUUAGAGAAGUGUUUGUGAAAUGGAAAAUUCCUUUUCUUAGUUACUGAGGAGAUGGCUAAAAAAGUUGCUCGUUGCUUUUUGCUGUUCCCCCCACCUUUGUGAUAGAUCGCUCAGACUCUUUCAGCUCUUCAAGUCCAGUUUUGUGCAUGUUCAAGUCCAGUUUUCUGGCAUGUGCGUUACGGCAUUCUUGUAGACUGUUCUGUGCUUGCCGGUCAGUGGGCUCUUAUCUACAGCAAUUUUGUUUUCACCAGAACUAUCUCUCUCUUCUUUUUUGGAUUAUGCUUUUGUCUAAUGGUGUGCAUUCUUAAAGAUUUUUUCAGGUGAGACACUUCACAUGUACGCAUCCUGUGAAGAUGUACUUUCUCACUAAUACAAACAGAAGGUGUACUUUUUGACUGCUGUCAUUGCCCACAGGCUAGUGCCAUCUGGUCGUGGUACGGGCUUCACAUAAAUUUUCUGUAGUUCAGACUACAGGUGCCAUAAGCUGACAUUAUUCUUCAGUCCCCACUAAGUGCACUUUGUAGCUCUUGGGAUAAGAGACAUGAAACCAAAGGAAGUUAAAAUAUAACUCUCAGAACAGCAGCUCUACACCACUGUCAGAAGUUCUUUUAAGGAUAGCUUUGCAGACUAGCUAUUUCUUGUACCUGCAAGAUGGUAAUACUAAAAUUGUACUCUUUUUGAUAUAGGCUGGUAAUGAUAUUUCAGUGCAAGCGUACCAGGUAGGUGAGAGAGAUGCAUGAUUCCUAACACGCAUUUUGAGAGUUUGAGAAUGACUUUAAUUAAAAGUGUUUUUCACUGGAUAUUGGCAGAUUACUGAAGGUUUUAUAGUUGCUGGUUUUGCAGUUAUUUGUACAAAUUGGAAGCAAGUUUAGAGAAGACUAUCACUUGAUAUAACUUCUCUCCUUAAUUCUACUACUCUUCUCACUGGCUGUUUAACUUUUGCUACAAAAAGUUUUGAAGCCUUGCUCGGUAGAAUAGCUUUUACUUUUACUUUGUGGCUUAAAUAAAAAGUUUCCCAGUUGAUUAUUGUUGUCUCUGUUUUCUGAAUUAAAACCUUACAGCUUGCGUCCAUUCUUGGGGAGCUGCUUGCUCUAACCUGUUAAAGGUCCCUAGUUUGUUAGACAAUUACGGUCAUCGAAGGUGUUGAUGGGAACGUGGUCAUGGAUUUUAAUCUGGAGCAGUGUGCCACUGAAGAAAAUGUAUGUGUUGUUUGGUUACAGUAUCAUUUGAGGUCCUAUCUCUGCCUUCAAACUUAAGGUAUUGAGCCAGCUGUUUGGAUGUUGUUGAUGAAAUUUUAUGUCCGUGCCCAUAUCCUUAUCCCAUUCACCCAAACCUAACACUGCUUAGUGCAGCUGAUGGAAGAAAUGCUAUGGAAUUUUAGCCAGCAGUCAAUCUGGUUAGAUCCCUGCCUUCAUAAUAAAGUUAGAAAUUAUUUAACAAGGUCAUUCUGUUUACAAAUCUUCAACAAAUCAACAUGUUUAUUUUGCUAAAAUACCUA